ACUUUCAGGGAGUCAGGCGCCAUGCUGACAUGCUUUGUUUAUGCUGCUUUCCAGCCCCUUCCAGGAGUUUGGCCGACGCGGAACUUGUCACCAGGCAAACGGCUGCGAAGCAUUGCUCGGAGCGCGAAGAAGACCAAACCCGAAGACAAAGUGCAGCAGGUGGAAGAAUAUCUCAAGCGCAUUGGUGGUUCGGCCAAACUGAAAGCUUUGAAGAGCGUUCUUCGAGGCAUCUCGAGUGAUUUUUUGCAAAAGCAUUUUGAAGUGACUUCAGAUGGCUUCGUGAAGUCGAAACAGGGACACAACAAGCAAGAAGCGAAUAUCAAAGAGUUUCUGGCAAGCCGGGGCAUUGUUCCACUUGCUCUUCUCUUGCAGACCUUCCGUGUGUCCAGACGAUGGCUAGAAACUCACAAGGACUUUUUCGUCAAAGACGAGAUGGUCAAGCUGCGGAUACGUCCCACAAUCCAACCUGAGGCUUGCAGAGAAUGUAGGCAUCAACUUGGUUUCAACUUGGAGCACUCGCAGACUUCGAAGCGUGUUGCGCAAAGCCUAAGCGUCCAAGUUGGCCCAAAAAAUUGCGAGAAGGUCACAAGAGAGCGUUGCGUUGCGUCCAUUGCGUCGCUGUGUGGUGUGGGAGGAACAGUUUGGGAGGUUCAGGAAGAGAGCAGGGCGCUGUGCAAAUGUGUUUGGGAUUCACUUCACAGUUCUCAGGAAUUGACUUGCCAGUUGCGCAGAGGGAACAGAACACGAAAAGGCGAUAAGCGGUGCCCGGGCAAAAAUAGAAAAUGUCAGAACACUGGAGAUGUCUAAAGGCAAGUACAAAUUGAAAAGUGGGAGACAAAAUCUCGAAAAGUAGAAGCUACUAGUAACAAGUGCAUCGCUUCUAGUAACAAGUGCCUUACUAGUAGUAACAAGAAGCUAGUAGAAACAAUAAGCUAUUAGAAA